AUUUGAACUUCCCUCUCUGGGGGUUAUUACCCGACUAAUUCAGCAUGUGACCACCGCUCCGCAGCCAUAUCUGCCGCAGCCCUCUCACAUGCUUUCCUCCUCCGGGUGGACACGUUAGCUGGCUGGCUGCAGUUUGCAUUCAAACUGGGCUUCUAACUACCAAAAGCUGUUGACCACAGAUAUCACAAGCACUCACCUCUGAAGAUGGACGAAGCUCUUCUGGCGGUCAGGAAUGAACUGAGCGAUGAGGUGAUUGUGGCCUGGAAGUCACAGCGUUGCUACCAGUGUUUGUACCAGCAGCUGGGGGUGGUUCCGGCAGGACCCGGCCCUGGCCAGCCCAGUUCAGUCGACUUUGCUGUCAGCACUCAGCAUGAAAUUACAGUACAGAUCAACAGUUCUCUCGCAGAGCUCUGCAGGGUUCAGUUCCACUUUGGGGAGCAUGGGAACUACUCACUGUGGGUGAAGAAUCUGAGCGACUCUGAGGGGCUCAACUGCUCCGUGGUGGCGGAUGCCGAGCCCGUCAACAGCUACACACCCAUUCUGGUUGCUUUUUUUGUCUUUGUUGGCCUGUCCUUGGCGUUUGCCAUUGGAAGACGAGUACUAGGCCUCGCUGCCGUGAAGGGUCUCAUCCUCCGAGUCUGUGGGUCCAUGGAGACGGAGAGACUCAUCAACUCUGAACUGGGCUCCCCGCGGAUGGAGGCACCGGUUACCGACAACAUCCUCCCUCCCCCACCCAGCAACAGCAGGAGGCUCCGCUCUCUGGACACGUUUAGAGGCAUCUCCUUGGUCAUCAUGAUAUUUGUCAACUACGGAGGAGGGAGAUAUUGGUUCUUCAGACACGAGAGCUGGAAUGGCCUAACAGUUGCAGAUCUCGUCUUCCCUUGGUUUGUGUUCAUCAUGGGCACGUCCGUCGCUCUGUCCAUCAAUUCCCUGUUGCGGGCCGGAUCCACGCGCUGCUCUCUGCUCAGGAAGGUGGUGUGGAGGGGCGUGCAGCUGUUCGUCAUCGGCGUCUUUGUCGUCAACCCAAACUACUGCCAGGCUUCGUUGUCCUGGGACAACGUCAGGAUUCCUGGCGUGCUGCAGCGGCUCGCCGUGUCCUACGUGGUGGUCGCCAGUCUGGACUUACUGGUGGCGAGAGGACACCUCGACAUCCUCACAGCAGACGCUUGGUGGGCUCCUGGCCUGGAGAUCCUGCUGUACUGGCCAGCCUGGCUUUGUGUUCUCCUCCUGGAAGUCCUGUGGCUCUGCCUCACGUUCCUGCUUCCUGUCCCAGACUGUCCAACAGGCUACCUGGGUCCAGGUGGGAUCGGGGAAAUGGGCCUCUACGCCAACUGCACAGGUGGAGCGGCCGGUUUGAUCGACCGCUGGCUGCUGGGAGAAAACCACAUCUAUCAGACCCCGUCGUCCCGGGUGCUUUAUAUGACUCACAUGCCGUACGAUCCCGAGGGGAUUCUCGGCAGCAUCAACUCUGUCCUCAUGGCUUUCCUAGGAUUACAGGCGGGAAAGAUCAUCUUGCACUACCGAGAUCUCCCUACGAGUAUUAUCUCAAGGUUCCUUAUUUGGGGUCUCAUAUUGGGAGCCAUAUCAGCAUUUCUGACCAAGUGCUCCACAGACCGGGGUUUCAUUCCUGUUAACAAGAACCUGUGGUCACUGUCGUACGUGACAACGCUGGCUUGUUUAGCGUUCGUGCUGCUCGUGCUGGUCUUCUACUCUAUAGAUGUGAAGAAAUGGUGGUCCGGCGCUCCUUUCUACUACCCAGGUAUGAACUCCAUCCUCGUGUACGUGGGCCACGAAGUGUUUCAGGGCUACUUUCCCUUCCGCUGGCGCAUGGCCAACAGCCAGUCUCACACCGAGCACCUCAUCCAGAACCUGGUUGCUACAUGCUGUUGGAUAUUCAUCUCCUACGUACUUUACAGGAAGAGGAUUUUCUGGAAAAUUUAACGCACGACAAGAACGGACAACACUGCUCACAUCAGAACGGCUGGAGAUAGAAUCUGAAAUCAUUUGGAAAGUACGACACAGGACCUGAUUUUACUUUUUCAGCAUUUUUUUUAAUGAUUUUCUGUCUCUGAAUGUACUUUUUUUUCCCCCUCCCUCUUGCUCUUGUCGAGUCAUCGGACUGCUGGACCAAUAAUGUUCUGUUCUGCGCACAUUAUUCCAAAGAUCUUCAGUUAUGGGACAGCAAGCUGAGCUCUGCAAAGCAUCCUCUCUGAAUCAUUGUUACUCUGCUGUUUGACUUCAUGCCUUCAGCAGCGGGAUGUUGCAGCAGUCGUGUACAUGGAGGUCUUAAAGUGCGGGUUUUAUACUCUUAACGUCUCCUUUUUGAUUUAUUUUGUAGGUUUAGUGAAUUAUUGUAAUGACCAAGCAAAUGUUUAACCUCUACUUCAAGGAGGUGGAGUUGCACAUGAUGCUGUGUGUUACCCAGCUGAGAGAAAUGAAAAGGAGAACAUGUCAGAUGCAUCUAAAAAACCUGUUUCACAUUUUGGUAAAUGAUGAAGCAGUAAGUAUUUUCUUGUUUUGAAUAAAGUUUUCAGGAAAACUUUAUUUACUUGAUCAGACAUGCUCCUUUACGUUUCUCAACGUGGGCAGAGAUUAUUUGCCUUUCUCGUGCCAAAAGAUUGUUAAAAAAUUAUUGACAAUUGUGCCACAAAAUUAAGGAAUUGUUGUUUACUUCCACAUACAGCAUUUUCAUGGUCUUGUCAAGCAAAUCCUACUUUUUAUGGUGUCACCUGGUUAUUACACUUCCUCUUCAGUGUUUAUUUGUGUCCUCUUGCAGGAGUGACAUGUAAUAUGAACUUUUAACAUAAUGUUGGAAAAUAAAUUUGUAGAUUAUCCAAAUGCUUUCAGAAGCUAUGUGAUUUCUCAUCUAGUACUGUCUGAAUUGACUACUUAAUGUCUUUUAUAUGUGUAAUUUUUUUACAUAUUCACUUUUUGAAAAUAAGAUUAUUUAAUAAAAACUAUUCCGAAUUA